GCGUCCACCCCGCAGCGGCAAACCGCCGCGCGGGCCGCUGCUGCGAGCAGCGCGGUGACGAAGGUGCGGCGGCGGCCCGUGAUCCUGUGCCCAGCCCAAUUCGGAGUGGUGGAGGACUACGAAGAGCUGAAGGUGAACCUGGAAGACCGGGGCUUCGCGCUCUACGCGGCGCCUUUGUCCAGACUCGACUGGCUGCGGAUUGUUCCCAGCACCCUCACCAAGGAGUUCUUCACCGCGGAGCUGCGGCCCAACACCACGCUGGGCUUCUUCUACGAGGCCCUGGACCAGGCUGUGGCGGCCGUGGAGGCCGACUUCGGGCCCGAGGAGCCUAUCGCCUUUCUCGGCCACUCCAUCGGAGGCUGGGUGGCGCGGUCCUACAUCGGCGAGGUUCUCGGAGAGGAGCUGGCGCGCCGGCGCGUGCGUUCGCUGGUGACGCUUGGCACGCCCCAUCGGCCACCGCCGAUGGAGUCGCCGGUGGCCGUGUUGGACCAAACUCGCGGGCUCCUCAGCUACAUCAACGAGCAGUUCCCUUCAGGCUUCCCGCUGGACUCUGCCGUGGUCACCUGCGUGGCGGGCAACGGCACCCGCACGCCGGCGUCCUUGGAGGCGCUAGUGGAAGACAUAGGCUCGAAGGUCUGGGACGACGAGCAAAGCCGCAGCACCAUCCUGGAGGAGGUGGUGGCGCUGGCCUCGUACCUGCCGUUGUCCGGCAGCAGCUUCGGCGUGGCGGGCGAUGGCCUCAUCCCGGUGGACACCGCCCUCAUGGCAGGCUGCGGCAGCGUGGUUCUGGAUGAUUGCAAUCACGCCGACUUCGUGCCAACGCCCGGUGACAGCCUGCGCUUGCCAAAGUCCUACCUAUGGUAUGGUUCAGAGGACUUCAUCGACACUUGGGCCAAGUUCCUGUGA